AUGAACAAGAACACGACUUGCCUCCUGAUCGGGCUACUCGGCGCGGGGAUUACCAUGUCGGCGUAUUCGCAGACCAUCAUCUCCAGCACGCAGUGCACCCUCCUCGGCUUUGUCGUCCUCUUGUUCGGGCUUCUCUUCAAGGAAGGCCUCUUCGACAGCCGAUGA